AUGAAUAAUAAGCUAUUCUGGUCUCACAAAGAGUGCAAGCCAGACAAAGAUGAAUUUGGUAUUAUCAGUAUUCAAGUAGCUGCUAAAAUACCAGUUCAAAAAGUUGAUGGUGAAAUUGUUUUUAAUUUUAUAGAAUUGUUAUUAAAUUUAAAAAAUAUUCUGAUCAUUAAUUUAUCCUUACUAUUCUAUGCACAAGAAACUGAAUCGCAUAAGAAUAGUAAAAGUAGUUCUAUAUUGCCUUCUCCACAUAGAGAAAGCAAAAACGAACAAAAACUAGAAAA